CGGAUCUUUUUCUAAUUGUCAAAAUCAAAGUAGGAGUGCGGCAUGCACUCGCCCAGCCGCCUUGGCUUGGCUUGUGGCGUUGAUGUGGCCGCUCUCUCUCUCUCUAGAAUCCCAACUACUUGUAGGAUUUCAAUCCUAUUACAAUUUCUUCUCUAUUUAUCUCUCCUUCCUCUCUCUAAAAUCUCUUUUGAUCAGGAUUCUUUAUUUCAACUCAUUUCGGCGUUUGACUUGUUACAUUUGAAGAUCAAUCAACUUUUUUUUGAUGGAAUUCGCCUUUGGGAACUUGAAUGGUGACUGUUCUCCUUUUAGCGAGGAGAGUGCUAGGUGUCCGUUUUUGCAGAACAUUAGCGCGCCAACUAGUUUGUCCUUCUCAAGAGCCAUGGCUUUCCCUGUUCCCGUGAGGGACAGGAAAGGUCCGAUUUUUGAGGAUGGUCCGAAUUUUGAUAUGGCAUUCAAGGUUUUCCACGGGCAGAAUGGUGUCGUUCCUCUCUCUGAAAGGUCCUUCAUUCACACCGAGAAGCCUCCUUCAGAAUCAUCUUCAGUUCAAUUCAAUCCCUUGGCUGCCAAGGCAGCAACCAUCAGCCUCUCCUCGUUUGGCCAUGGAGGACCUUUUGGAUUUGAUGCGUUUUCUGAGAUGUGGAAGAACUCCAAGAAGAAAUCAAAUUCAUCCAAAAAGGAUUCUUCUUCAAAGGGAGGUAAAUCGCAACACGAAGCAACGAGCAACGAAUGGUUGCACAAUGGCAACUGUCCCAUUGCAAAGUCAUACCGAGCUGUGAACCACGUCCUCCCCCUCGUAGCAAAGGCACUUCAGCCCCCUCCAGGAGUACACCUAAAGUGUCCUCCGGCAAUCAUCGCGGCUAGAGCUGCCCUAGCAAAAACCGCCUUUGCCAAAAACCUCCGUCCACAGCCGCUGCCUGCAAAAGUACUCGUUAUUGGCAUGUUGGGCAUGGCAGUAAAUGUACCUUUAGGUAUAUGGAGAGAGCACACAGACAAAUUCUCGCCUUCGUGGUUUGUCGCAGUUCAUGCAUCCGUGCCGUUUAUAGGUAUGCUCAGGAAAACCGUGCUGAUGCCAAAAUCAGCCAUGGCGUUCACCAUUGCAGCAUCUAUUUUAGGGCAGGUGAUCGGUUCGAGGGCGGAGAGGCUCCGGCUGAAGGCAGUCUCAACUGAAACUUCACUGGCCGGAGCCACUCAGCCAACUGCUGCCGGAGUUCAUGGCGGCCAUUGCAGUGAGGUUGCAGUUUGGAAACCGGAUUCUUUGCUAGUUUCUUCUUCAUCUGCUGAUGUUUUCGGCUAAAUUUUCGAAGCUUUAACCAUGUAUUUUUUAUCAUGUCGCUCUCCCAUGUCCCAGCCUGUGCCUUUUAUCCUGUGUGUUUACACCAUUUAACCGAGAUUGAAUACAAAACGGAAUGAGUUUGUAUUCAUUUUGUAUUUAAUCUAUUUCACUAUUGUAAAAGUGUUUAUUCAUAAAUAUAUUGAUAUUUCAUAGACGCAUUUUUUCAA